AUGUCCGUCACAACAGAAGAAGUCUGGGACAUGUUUAUAAUUCUUGCUCUCUUGGAUGACCAUCAGCACCAGGGCACCAGACUCUCUGUCCCCCACGGCAAUAACCAGAGUGACCACUUCACAGCCGCAAUGCAGGCCCACAACGAGAAGAUCAUAACUCAUGGCGACGAAGAACUUCCCCAUGCGUGCUUUGGGUGCACAUGGUUGUUCACAAUGCCCGAUGGCACCACUCAUUACACGGAGGUGGUUGUCACCGAUGGCAUCACCGUUGGACACCCAUCCUGUGCUUACCUGGAGACAGUCUGUGCAGUAGACGGAUGCGACAAGCCUGUCGUCUAUGACAAGAGUACUGGAAAGCCCCACAAAGCCUGCAACGAUCCACUCCACUUGAGGAUGGAGGAUGCCAGAUCACGGAGCGGCAAGAGCAAGACGCAAAGGAUGAAGAGUGUGAAGCUGAACGAUGCGCUCACUGCCUCCUCCGUUGAUGAUGCAUUGCCUGCUGCAGUGACAUCAUCCACCAGAAUUGUGGACCCUUCACUACUAGAAGCUUGCCCCACCAAAGACGAAGUUCCAAAGCUCAAGGCAGUAUUCUUCCGUAAGUGGACCAACAACGAGCAACUUUUCAUAUGCCCUUGUGGUGUUAUCUCUGGUCGCGGUACCAUGUACCAUCAUGAAGCCAUCUCCAAUGUCUUGAUAUUGUUCGAGAAGAUGUUCUCACUUCCACGGGCUCGUAAACCUCACCACCUCAUUCAUGAUUCCAAUUGCAAUGCUCUACGUGAAGUUGAGAGUAGGCAGUUGAAGUUCUUUGACGGGAUGGGAAUGUGUGUUGACGCCUUUCACCACAAAACGAAACACAAGGCCAGUGAUAGGUUCUGCCAGGAGCGCUGUGACAUGAAGACCUAUCCUGAGCUCCUCGAUGAACACGGCAAGUAUUACUUCAAUUCCUCCAUCACAGAGCAAACAAAUGUCUGGUUUGGCGGGUUCCAUAACAUGUGUCAUGAGAUGAUGCCAGUAAAAUAUGAUUUUUUCCUCGAUGAAGUGAUCCUUCGUCGCAAUCAUGCCACUGUUAUUAACUUACAUCGCCAGGAUAAACAGCCUCAUCACCCUCGUCUUUCCACAUAG